UAAACAAGCGUCAGUUUCACAAAGUAUCUCGGUUGUUCAUGCAGCUAAACAGGAUGCCGUGUGAUUAACAUGCACCUCUUGUGGUAGUGCUUCUCUUUGCUUUACCUCGAUGAAAAAAUAUUCGAGAAACCUGCAUGAAAUUGGAGGUUAAAAAAAAAAAAAAACAGAGGCCACCCGGGGCAGUAGGUGGCAGAGUGCAGCCUCAUGUCGGUUUGCGAACCAGGAAAUGAAAAGAGGAGGAAGAAGAAGGAGCAAGCGGAAGAGACGUGGCAUAUAAACAGAAAAGUAACUAGCUAGCAGAUAAGUUGAGAUUUGUCAACAUCUUUUAGAGCUAGUUCUCAUGCCAGCCCCAUAACGAAGCAUAAAUGAGAGCCGCACAGCACCACCUGACACGGAGGGGAAUCGUCUAAACUCGGCGCGACAGGGCAGCUGGCCAUGGGUCUCUGCAAGUGUCCCAAGCGGAAGGUGACCAAUUUGUUCUGUUUUGAGCAUCGUGUGAAUGUGUGCGAGCAUUGCCUGGUCUCCAACCAUAACAAGUGUAUCGUGCAGUCCUAUUUGCAGUGGCUUCAGGACAGCGAUUACAACCCCAACUGCACCCUGUGUGACACCCCGCUGACCGAUCAGGACACUGUCAGAUUGGUCUGCUACGAUGUGUUCCACUGGUCGUGUCUUAACAGCCUGGCUGCCCGUUUGCCCCUGCACACGGCUCCGGCGGGAUACCAAUGUCCCAGCUGCCAGGGUCCAGUGUUUCCCCCAUCCAACCUGGCCAGUCCAGUGGCCGACGUGCUGAAAGAGCAGCUGUCGCGUGUCAACUGGGCCAGAGCCGGUUUAGGGCUGCCACUGAUCGAGGAGCCAGCUGAAGUCCUCGAGGAGACCACAGCGAAUGACGUUACUGAUUAUAGUGAUUGGUCCACAUUUAAUGCACCAGAGCAAAGUGAAAUUUACCCCAGCCAAAAUUACAACUCCAGCCUCAGCGCACCACCGACGUCUGUUGCAGUUCCAGCACAGGAAGAUCAUGGAGUUCCUCGCAGAAACGGAGAUCCAGCCAUGCAGGAACACUCUGUCAUCAACUUCACCACAGCCACGACCUGCGACACUAUCACAAUACACGCAGCAUCAUCUCCAAGAAAGAUCUAUGACACCCGGGACAUCGCCCCCAGCUCCGUCACACAGAUCGACUUUGAUGACGACAAGUACCGGCGGCGACCGGCUCUCAGCUGGUUUGCUCAAAUUCUCAAAAACCGCACAGGUAAAAAGAGGACCUCUCUGUCCUGGAAGCAGCGGGUCUUCAUGCUGCUCCUGGUUGGCGUUCUGGGAUUCUUCACGCUGAUAAUCAUUAUGGCUAAACUCGGACGUGCCUCGGCCGGCUCAGACCCCAACCUAGAUCCACUUCUUAACCCCAACAUCCGUGUGGGGAAAAACUGAAAACAAGCAAAGCAUUUGUUUUUGUUUUUUUUUUUUGUUCUGGAGUGUUUCAGGCCUGUGUAGAGUCAGCUGUAAUGGGACUUUCCAUAACUCGAUGCGACCAACAGAGGGAGCCCUUUCCCAGCUUGAAUGGAGAAGAGAGAGGGAUGAUGCACCAUUUUUAGAAUCGAGGCAAACCUUUAAUCAGGCAGCAGGUGCAUGCCCAGAGCUCGUUGCAGGGCACUGAAAAAUCUCUCACAAUAUUCAGUUUCCAUUUUUGGGAGGGGCUUACCUUUGAUCCCAGCAGAGCUACCUGCAGCCGGGGUGUUGAUAAAGUGUUCAUGGGGUGCUCAUAUAGGAUGUUUUUUCUGCAGUUCUGCUGUGUUGAUAACAAGGAGCAGUCUCCAUAUUUGCAAAAUCUGGCUAACUUUUGUCAGUGAUCUUUAUAUGUUAAUAUUUUUUUAUUUAUCUUAAGUUCCAGUAAUUACAAAAUCAACACUGUUAAUCCACAAAAAAAUGUUUUGCUGGCAAAAUUAUCAGUAAUGUGUGGUCGGCAGUAAUGUUGACUCAGUUGGCGCGGUUCUUAACUGAUUCCACGUAGGAGCACCGAUGGUGUUCGGUAAACCUGAGAAGCCCUGCAGUCUUCCUGGUCAAGUUCCUGAGCAGGGACGAGGACACACAGAUCGACCCUUUUUCACUGGACUCAACAUCCAUCACACCUAAUUAAUACAUAACUAUUUAUGUGUGUUUGCAUUACUUCUGAAAUUUCCAAUGUAUACCGUGCAUUGCUUUUAGAAUUGCCAUAGAAACUGUAUGUAAAUUUUCACCAUGAUUUUUGAUUGUCCAUUAAAUGGGAAUACUACAGAAA